UCUCGAUCCUUUAGUCCUUUUUAAUUACUAAGCUCUCUACUGCAGUGCACAACGUUUCCUUGUUGUUUUGGCUUUUUUUUUAUUUAUUUUUUUUGCAAAUAAAAUGUAGAACUGCAAGCUUAAAACUGCAUGCAGACAGGAUUAGCACUGCUUUUUGUUUCUGCAUGGUUUGAAUUCAUUUGCCUGUGCCGCUAAUGGUGUGCUAGAUGGGAGUUUGUAAAGGCUGCGCUUGUGUCAUAUUUUCCUCUGCUGCAGUUUCACUAACUGCUGCUACAUUGUGCUGUGAGACACAGCCGGUUGCUUCCAGGAGCUCAAACCUAAACAUACGACGUGCUUUGCAGUCAGAUAUUGGCUGCUAUGCCUUCAUUCGAUGCAUGACAGGACUCUCAAAUUUGAAGCCCUUUUCAUUUUUUUUUCUUGAUGCAUACUGAACAUGCUGUUAAUAAGUCAAUAUAUCACCAUGGUAAAUAAAGUUAAUACCUUCUCUUUAGCUGCUCUGAGUUUGAGAUGUAAGCUGCAAGCCCAACCAGGCUAUUUUUAACUUUAAUGCGGUGCUGGCGCUGAAUCGGUUGUGCAUGGCUUUGGUAUUUGUAUUUUCAGCAUCAAUAUCCACGGCUUAAUUUUCAGCAAGUGUGACAAGCACCCUGCACUGUGGUCAGCAGUAGUCCUUCAGCCCUUGGAGGGUGGAAAAGAGAAAUGCAGACCAACAAAACGAGAAAGACUGUACGGUGAAAACUGCAACAUAGAUUGGAGAUGGAUAACGUUCAUUUUGCAUUUUGUUUACCAAUAUGAUGAAUUUUUUGGGGAUGCAGCAAAAAAUGUUUUUCACUUUUUUUGGCAACCACUUCUGAAAUUACAAAUCACACAGACUGAAAUUUACACAGGACUUUUAAACCUUUUGGUCAUCUAUUGCGUUAAAAGUCCAACGACUUCAUUUUCACCGAUGUUACAAGAUGACAAUCAUGUUUCAAGACACUGACAGUAUCACGGAUAACUCUCACUUCCAGUCGGUUCUUGGCCAUUUAAAUGAUCAGCGCACACAAGGAGUGCUAUGUGAUGUAACAGUUGUAGUCGAAGAUACCAAAUUCAAGGCACAUAAAAAUGUAUUAGCUGCUUCUAGCAUGUAUUUCAAAGAUGUGUUUUUCACUCAAGAGCGCAGGAUUUCAGGUCAGCUUUUAGAGCUGUCAGAUUUUAAGUCAGAUGUAUUUGCUGAAAUCCUAAAUUUUAUAUACUGCGCCAAAGUGAUGGCCACAGAGGUAGAGGAAAUUAAAGCUCUUACUGCAGCUGGAAAGAAAUUAGGAAUUCCAUUUUUGGAAAACCUUGGGCAUUUGCUUGAUCAAGAAAAGCAAUGCACAGAUGACUCUCAGGGCAACACACUGCCUGAUUCAGUCCAAGGUGGAAAUUCCAGUAUUUCCCUCUUUUCAACUAACUCACAUACAAUGAAGAAGGAAACAGUUAAUAGUAACCAAGAACAACGAACAGAUGAUUUAGCUUGUCUCAGUGGCCCAAGAAUCACCAACGCAUUUUCAAUUUUUGAAACAGGAACCAAUGAUGACCUGUUUUCACCAUUGGACUUGAGAGCAAAUGCCAAAAGACCAUCAGAAAAUGAUCAUAUCCCAGUGUUGUGCCCCUCUCAAAAUAAAACAGUGACAGAGAUUGAGCAAACACAUGCUUUAUCUGAACAUUCAUAUGCUGCGUCAACCAUAUUAAAUCAGGUGAGAAGGGUGUCCGAGUCUCAAGGCACAACUGCCAUUGAUUUAAGACAACAAAAUACCUUUGCAUCCAAAGUGGUUUCCAAGCAAUUCCUGAAUCACAGCCGUAGUCCUCUGAAGAAACGUUAUAAAAUGUGUACCAACCUUCUAAAUGAUGAUGUGGGGUUACAGCACAGUCACACAGAGUUUAACGUAAUCCCUACUACAGCACCAGUUUCAACAUCAACCAGCUUUAACAACAAGGCAAACGAAAACAGUACUAUGGAAACCAUCUCAUCAAUUGCAGAUAAUAACUAUGAAGUUAAAAUGCCUUCUUCCGUUCUAACAGAACCUGUAGAACUGCAUCCUAAUCCUUAUGGCUGUGAAUAUUGCUCAGCAAGGUUUAGCAAUGAAGCACUUCUAAAUAUCCAUGUGCAAAGCCAUAAAAAACGUUUCGUCAGUCAUUUGGCUUGCAAGUAUUGCCACAAAAAGUUCACUCACCUGAAAAGACUGCGUAAUCAUGAACAAACACGCUGUAAAGCAAAGGUUUCAGCUAAGGCAGAAGAUGCAACAGACUUGCCCGAAGAACAUAUUGAUAUUGAGAAAAUAUCCAGUCCUAAAGAAACACUGCCAGAAGAUCUGCAAGAAAACAGUGCAGAAAAUGAGAAAGGAAUUACAGAUGAUCUGAAAGAUCUGGAUGACAAGGAGAAAACUAUUAACAUGCCGAGACUUUAUGUGUGUAGUGUAUGUAAACGGUCUUAUGUGACUCUGUCUAGCCUUAAGAGGCAUGAAAAUGUCCAUUCCUGGCAAAGAGCCUACCCAUGUCAUUACUGCAAUAAGGUGUUUGCUUUGGCUGAAUACCGCACCAAGCAUGAAAUAUGGCACACAGGAGAGAGACGGUAUCAGUGUAUCUUUUGCUUGGAAACAUUUAUGACUUACUAUAUUCUAAAAAACCAUCAGAAAUCUUUCCAUGGAAUUGACCCCAGGGUGGCUGUGAAGAAAAAAUCAGCCAAUGGUGGAUUCAAAAGUGGUCUUUAUCCUUUUAAACUUUAUCGGCUUUUGCCUAUGAAAUUUAGAAAAAGACAAUACAAAACAUACAGCGAGACAUUCUCAGAAAACUCAGACUGUACAGAUCAGUCUUUCACAGUGUCUAUGGCAACAGAUAUUCAGCAUCCACUUGGUUCAACAUCAUCAGGAGUGAACUUUGAGGAUAAUAAACUGGCCACACCAAAUGGAACAGAUGCAGUUUCAUUAAGGCAGUUAUUUACAAUGCCGGUUACUUUCAUGGCAACUCCAAAAGUAGUAGCUUCAGUAACACCAUGUGCUAAUUUUUUGCAGCCAAGUACUAUAAGUCAGCCACCAUCCACUGAAACUGAAGUAAACCUUAGAAAAACUUUGAAGAAAACCUCUAACAGUGAAUCAAUUUCAACCAAGUCUUCCCUUGAUUAUAAAAAUCAAGAGUCAUCUUUGACAAGUCUGGGGCAAACUCCAUCUUCAGCUGUUGCGGCCACAAACAGAAUAUGUUCAGUAAUUGUUAGUAAUAACAAUGGUCAUGUUCUUACAGAUAAAAUGAAUGCAGAGAAAGAAAAACAAUCUAGUAUGUUAUUAGAUAUGAAUAAUCUGAAGUGUUUAGAUGAUGGCAGUGAAAACCACUUGAAUGGUCAGUUAAGACAAGUGCAUUCAGCAGGCGUGCAGAUCUCAGAGGAAGCACCUAAGGAACCUUUACAAGAGCCAGAGGGUGAUCCUUCAAAUGUGAAUGACAACAUGCAUAAUGAAGUCAGCAAAACUGAAACAUACAUUGCAAAACCAGCAUGCCCAGGUCCUGCUUUUGAUAGCCAGGUUCCUCCUCUAUGCCAAAUUACUGUAAAAAUAGGCGAUGAAGCUAUCGUUAGAAGGCGAAUAAAAGGAUCAAACUUGUUUCAAACUAAACAAGAGAAAUUUUGCUGGAACAGCUUUUCACAAGAAGACCAGAAAUGUACAGAAAAAAUGGAGCAGGAUAACAGAAGGAGUCAUAUUAGUCUGCGCUCAAGAACAGAUAGUGGGCCACUGAUUGAGCCAGAAUUGUAUGAUGACAUGACUGACCAAGACACAGCCGACAAACUGUGGCGUCCUUAUUAUUCUUAUAAGCCAAAAAAAAAGACCAAAGGAGGAAAGAAACUGAAGUCCAAACGCAGAAGAAAAAGCAAUUGUGGGGCUUCUGGAAAACACAUGAGGGUAAAUAUUAAGAAAAAAGAUUGUGCACAUGUUGAUUAUGUGGAUAGAAACCUAAGGGCUCACCACCAAGUCUUUGUAAAUACAGAUGCUGAAACAAAACAUUUAAAGAGGAAAUUGUACAAGCAGCCAUAUACCUGUGACCACUGUCAGGCUCUCUUUUCUAACAGAUCUGCUUUAAAAAUGCACAUAGCUGAAAGCCACACUGACAAUCAGAGUUACACAUGUAAAACCUGUGGGAGGCAAUUAUCAUCUGAAGAAAUGCAUGACAGUGCUCUGUAUCCUGGAGAGCAUAAAGACUAUGCUUGUAAGAACUGUGUUGAAGAUGGCUCCUGUUUCAAAGACGGCUUUAAAAAUUAUAACACAGAGAAACGGUAUCGCUGCUCUUUCUGUCCUCAGCGUUUCUUAUAUCUGGCUACUAAGAAAAGUCAUGAGAAAAAGCACCUUGAAAAACAUGGUAAAUGCUACCCUUGCUGCUACUGCUCCAAGGUUUGUAAGUCCUCAGCUGCCUUAGGAAUGCAUCAGAAAAAACAUUUUAUUAAAACAGAAGAAGAAGAACAACAACACUCAGCCGCAGCCGAGGUCCAUUGUCAAAUCAAACCAAGCAAAUCACCAAAUGAUAAGGAACACAAAAUGGACUUAGAGCCCAAGCUGGAAAAUGACACAGAAGUAAUCAGAAAUGGUUGCUUUCAAGAAUGUAAUAAAUCAGAUGACAAAAAACUUAAAUUACCAUGUGAGAAUGAAGUGUUACCUUAUCACGGAACUCACGUGCAAUUACUCCCAAACAGUGGAUGGGUGAAAUUACCAAAUGCUUUAACAGAACAGCAUCCCAACAGACACUCAGAUAUAUUAUGUGAGCAGACCCAAUGCAACAUAGAAAUGGUCACACAAACACAAGAGGAUGCUUAUAUGCCAUCCAUUAUGUGUAAAGAAUAUCAGACUUAUAAUAACUCACAGGGUGCUUGCCAUGUAGAUAGAUGGGGUGAGCAAAAAAGAUGGAAUGUAUGUAGAGAUUUUCCAAAGGCAGAGUACAAAUUCCCUUGUAAAGAAGAAACGACUUUUCAUACAGAUUAUUACAGCAAAUGAGCAUAUAAGAAAGUGAAAAACGGAAUCUUAUUCAGACUGAAAUUACACUUGGAAAGAAGUGUACAGUAACAUUUUAAAUUGCAGGGAUGCAUGAUGUAUAAGGUCAGGCUCAAGAGUGCUUAUCUGUAUUUUACAAUAUAGCAAUAGCAAGCAAAAGGACAAAAACCAGAGCUCUUGAAAUGUCAUGUAAAUGUUUAGUAAAGGUAUUUUCUUCACGGUUCAAAUCAACAUUUACUAUUUUUUUCAUAUUAAAAAAGUUGUUUUUUUUAUUUUUCUAAAUUUUGAUUUUGCUUUAUUGGAGAACUUGUAAUUGUAUCCUGCUUUUUAGAUGUUUUCUAUUACAAUCCGUGUGUGAAUAACACAUACCUUACAAAGGGCAUUGUUCACUACUUAUGGGUAACAGUGGUUAGUUACAAAGUAAUGCAUUAAACUGUACUUGUGUCAGUGAUGUACUAUAAUGUUAGUAAAAUAAUAUCAAGUA